AUGGAUUCCGCUGGAGACCUCCAAAUAUGUUAUUUAUUUGGCGACAUUUUACCGUCUGACACCGACGACGAAGUCGAACUGAAAAUUGACGAAAAAGAAUCUCUUCCCAAGUCUUCAGAUAAAACACCCGAAACCUCACCCUCCGAAGGCGAAAGAGCUCAAUCUUCCGUGAUAGAAAAAGUCAGAGAUAACCAUGCCAGCAAGAAACCGGUGCAUGAAGAAAUGUCUAAGAGGGGCGACUUCUACAAAGACUACAUGGAUUUAACUUCUUUAAUGACUCACAUGCCCACCUACAAAGCCGUAGCUCCGAGAAUUAUCUCCUUGAUCGUUUCUGAUCUGCAGUCGAGGCGUCUACGUAGAACAACCAAAGACGAAGUGCUUACUGCUGCGUUGUAUAAUGGUCUUAAAUGCCAGCACUUGACCAGAAGGCGUUUCGCUACGUACGACCUUCUCCUGCCGACGAAAGAAGACUGCGAGGCGCUAGCAAAGAAAGUUCUCGUGUACGAACAACUUCGAAUCCAAACCGAAUACAGGGGCAGGAGGCUCAUUAAGGUUACUCUAUGCAAAACACCUGCACGUGUCACGGAAGAAAACGUGACCACGUUCUUUCAACAAUACGGUGAACUCGUUAACCUCUCUUCCCGAGUGAGUCGUAUCGGUUAUCCGUUUCUAGAAUGGGACGCGCAGCUCUAUCUGGACAGGGAAAGUUUCGACUCCAUACCGGAGUUCUUUACAGAUCACGGUUUUCGAUUACCCGUAGCUGUAGAGGGUAGACGACCCCUCUGUUGGAACUGCAGUCGCAUGGGUCACUUGUCCGCUGACUGUCUAAAGAAAAACACUAAUAGGCCGACUCCGACCCCGAUCCGAAGCAGUAGGAAUGUUUACCGCAGUCGGCCCGUUACACGACCAUCAACGAAUACCACUGUCGCUAACAAAAGAGAUAGCGUCGGAAGUUUAGAUUCCGACAUUACACCGGUUACACAAGUUAAGCCUAGUCGUAAUAGGCCGAGACGAACGCGAAGACAGCGCUCCCGUCUUUCUAGCUAUUAA